GUGGCCAUCUUUCGCGUCGAGUUUAAAAGUACAGACGGCUUGAAGUUUAAGUGUUACAAAUUUGUUUGUAAAUCCGAUUUUAAUUCCCGAAUUAGAUUUUGUUGGUUGUGCGCGGGAUCUAUGCACUUGAAAAGUUGUAGACGCUAGUGAUAGAUCGCCGAUUUCUGUCGAUCAGAUCGCAGAACUAAUAUUACGGUAAAAUUUAUAGAUUUGCUCAGAACGAUUUGGUUAUAAUCAAGAACUUGUUUACAGGGAAUUCUUUUUAAAGCUGAUUAGAAUCAGUUGUCAGUCAGGGAAGAGUUGGUGCGUAUAGGGUCACUGAUUUAUUUGAAGCAUCAAAACAUCUUUAUCAUCACAACAAAUAUAUUGCUAUCAAAGCCAGUGCAUCUCUUUUAUUACCACCCUGCUGUCAACAUUCUUCAAAUAAAUCAACAUCGGCGAAAUUCUUCGAUCAACACGGAAUCGUCGAAGUAAUAAACAUCGAGAUUCGCUAAGAUGGAUGAAGGAUUUCGAACUACGAUUGUAGCUAAUCCGGAAGCUUAUAAAGAUGCCACUAUCGUCGAUCAAAACUCCAGCUGCGUGGCUUGCAGCAAACCAGACAGCUUUGACGAUAUGGUUGCCUGCGACUUGUGUGAUUCCUGGUGGCAUCAAUGUUGUGCGGGAGUAACCAAGUCAAUCAAGGACCGUGAUUGGACAUGCCCCAGAUGUUUGCCGGUUCCAAGUCGAGCAAAUUCUAUCAGAUCCACUUCGACGGUGCGGAAGGCCCUCCUCGAAAUCAAAUUGCAACGAAUCGAGGAAGAGAAGGAUCUAAAACGGAAGCAAUUCGAAAUGGAGCAGAAGUGUUUAGACGAAAAGUAUCGUCUGCUGGAAGCUGCCGCGGUCGAUGAUGACAUUGACAGCGAAGGAAGCCACCAAGAAUAUCACCGUAGACGGCAACGAACGGAGGACUGGGUGUCCAGCAAAACGAGCAACGUUUCGGAAAGGCUCGAAGGUGCUGUUGGUGGUGUCAACGAGAGGCGUACCGACGCCCAGCCGAUUGAUGCUGAACAGACGAUUCAGCAAGUAACCAGUGUUGUUCGCGAGCUCAAUAGGAAAUUGGCAAACGGCCAGAAGGAGCCGGAUCCAUUGUACGAUAAUUUGAAGGUCAUCCUGAAGGCGUGCCAAAUCCAAAAUAACGCUUCAGUGAGUGGCAUACCCUAUACAGGUACAGUGCCAAAAGACACCCGAAUGCUGGCUCCGCCGAUUGCUCCCCGUACAUUAGAGCAGUAUGAGCGUCGAGAAGAAACAGUCUUUCCUGACAGCACGGAAAGUUCUACGCAGAAGCAAUUUUGUUAUUGGGAUAAUCCGCAGGUGGAACCCGAAUGUAAAGCACCGGUGCCGCAACACAUAGCACCCGAACGUGAUGUAAUGCCAAGCAACUUGACACCCUCGCCUCAGGCCGGUUUGUCUGGCAAUCGAAUUCAACAUUCGUCAAUUGUUUUGAGUACACCAUCGGCAUCGCAGAUUGCUGCCAGGCAAGCACUUUCGCGAGACCUCCCAAUAUUUUCCGGCAAUCCAGCUGAUUGGCCGGUGUUUAUCGCCAACUACAAUUAUACCACUGAAGCGUGUGGAUUCAACUGCGGAGAAAAUAUGAUCCGCUUACAGCGUUGUCUGAAAGGUCCUGCCUACGAGGCAGUCAGAAGCAAGCUAGUCAUACCGUCAUUGGUUCCUGCGGUCAUCGAUGCGUUGGAAAUGCGGUUCGGGCGUCCCGAAUCGUUGAUCGAGACGUUUAUCAACAAUGUGAAGUCUACGACGCCACCCAGAGCGGAUCGUUUGGAAACCCUAAUUGAUUUUGGGGAGAAGGUGCAGACUCUUUGCGACCACAUAAUUGCUGCUGAUCUGACUGAUCAUUUGGCCAACCCGCAAUUGAUGAAGGAUCUAGUUGAAAAAUUGCCCCCUGACUACAGAAUGAAGUGGGCCGAAUUCCGUGAGCCACUGUCGAAAGUAAAUUUGCAAACGUUCCGAGAAUUUAUGAACCGGAUUGUCAAGAACGCUUAUCGUGUAACUGGUGCAAGGUCGUUUGUUGAAGAGGUGAAAUCGGUGAAGCGCGACCGAGGAAAGAAUCUGAACUACAGCUUCCUACAUUCCGAAACCGGGGGGAGUGACUCCGGCCAGUCAGCCAAAGUCUCAACCGAUGAGCGGAAGCCAAUUGUAUGCGCCGUUUGUGGGAAAAUUAAUCAUCGAGCCAGGGAAUGCGAAGCAUUCCAAGCGCUGUCCGUAGAUGAACGCUGGGCACGUGUACGGAAUCUUGGACUCUGCCGUACGUGCCUUUACGGACAUGGACGUCGCCGAUGCAGGAAUACAAAGCGCUGCGGAAUCAACGGCUGUGAGAAACGGCAUCACCCGUCAUUGCACUCCGACCCGAAAACACAAGAUGCAGCCACGACGACGGUGGCAUCGCUGCAUGCCGCUAUGAAUCACCAAACUGAUGGUACUGAUCCAACAUUAUUCUUCCGAAUUUUACCUGUGACGGUCUAUCAAGGUCAACGAUCUAUCGACACUUUCGCCUUUGUCGAUGAGGGGUCGGCACUUAGUAUGAUGGAUACCGAGCUAGCUGAUAAGCUUGGACUGCGAGGACGCAAGCAACCACUUUGUCUUACGUGGACGGCACAAGUAUCCAGAACUGAACAAAACUCCCGAAGAGUGUCAUUUGAGAUUUCUGGACUGGGUAAACCGAAAAGGUUCCGAAUGACAAAUGUUUGCACCGUUGAUUCAUUGGGCCUGCCAGUGCAAAGCUUGCCCAUCAGUGACUUGCAAGAACGAUAUCAAUACCUUCGAGGGAUUCCGGUUUCUGGCUACCAGAAUGCAGUACCCCAGAUAUUGAUUGGCGUGGACCAUCUGAAACUGGUCGUGCCUCUCAGAGUUCGAGAAGGAGGUCAGGAAGAACCAACUGCUGUUAAAACUCGUCUCGUAGAAGAGCAUUCUGCUAUCGAAGAAGCAAAAGCAGAAGUCAAACCCACAUUGCAUCAUCUGUCAGACCAAGAUACCCCUGCAGUGUCUAUCUUGAAAGUCACAACUAUAUGUGUGAACGAUCCGUUGUUGGAGGCUAGCGUUGGAGAACAAGUCGACGAACAUGUGAGCAGAAGACAUGCGCAUAGCGCUACCGUAGCCGAGCUGACAAUAGCAGAUGUGGCCAAUCUGAGGAAGCCGGGGAAAAUCCUCCUGCCUAGGGCAGCUGCCGCUCCAGUGGAUGAUAUCGCCCUGAACACCAUGCUAUUCAAGGGCUCAGAACUCCUGACAUCACUGCUGGCGAUCUUAUUCUGUUUCCGGCAUCAUGUUGUUGGUGUGAGUGAUCAUAUUCAAGAGAUAUGUCAACAAGUUAGUAUUCGCAAUGCAAAUCAUCGAGAUGUCCAAGGAUUUUUCUGGCGUAAGGAACCGACCAGGGAACGAGAAGCGCGUUUAAUAGAUGUGAUUGGUCCUAAAUAUUGCGACAAAAUCCUUGCUGGCCAUUUUCUGACCGUUGAGGAGCUAAAGCUGAUUUCUGCUAAGAUGACGGAAGUGCACCGAAGUGGCAGCGCCCAGCUGCGAAACGUUAGCUCCAAUAGUACAGCAGAAAUAGAUCAUUGUGAUGAACGAGCAAAGACGAUAACUUAUGUCAGUGAAAACAAAGCGGCUUCACCAGUACGAAUUUUAGUGGACGUAACGAAAUGUGAAACCGUCAAUUUGUUCGCCAAGCCGAAAGAGAAUAUUUUGAACUGGGUGCAGGACAGUCCGGAACCAACUAAUCGAGAAGUCAUUAGCUGUGCUAUGUGGCUUUUCGAUGUUCUUUGCACUCUUUCUCUACAUAUUGUUCGAGGAGAGGUUCUUAGCCGGAAAUGGUGGUGGCCUGACGAAGGAUGGAAGGAAGAAAGAAGCAAUGAUUGCUUCAAUCAUUGGCGGAAGUGGCUCCACACUUUGUUGUACAUGCGAUGGCUUACGAUACCGGAAGAAUGUACCCAAGAUCUCCUGAAGCGAGCAUCGACUAAGGUGAAGAAAAAACUCGUCCAGUUCUGGCGAAGGUGGGUUCUGGAGUACCUGCCAACACUCACUAAACGUAUCAAGUGGUUCAAUGAAACGAGAGAUAUUGCGGUAGGAGAUGUAGUUUUCAUAGUCAACGAAGGAAAGCGGAAUUCCUGGGAGCGAGGAUUGAUCGUGGAACUCAUUGCUGCAUCGGAUGGACGGAUUCGACAAGCCUGGGUUCGAACGGGUAAUGGCGUGUAUCGGAAGCCGAUUGCUAAACUAGCAACCCUAGAAGUGUCGUCUCGAAAGGAUGGUUCCAGAGAGUUGCCUGACUGUGAAGGUGGCUCCAUAGUGGGCAACGAUGAAGACUUGAAGAAGGGCUCCGGAGGUGAUGAAACCGAGGCCAGCCGUAGGUUCCAUCGGGGGGAGAAUGUUGGAAAACUGGCCACCGUGCCAGUUCGCGAUUGUUUAAAAGUCGCUGAGAAAUAAGAGCGAAAACUAAACGUCAUCGUUGCCGCCAAAAGGGACCGCACGAGGAAAAUUUUCACCAUCGUGGCCAUCUUUCGCGUCGAGUUUAAAAGUACAGACGGCUUGAAGUUUAAGUGUUACAAAUUUGUUUGUAAAUCCGAUUUUAAUUCCCGAAUUAGAUUUUGUUGGUUGUGCGCGGGAUCUAUGCACUUGAAAAGUUGUAGACGCUAGUGAUAGAUCGCCGAUUUCUGUCGAUCAGAUCGCAGAACUAAUAUUACGGGAAUUCUUUUUAAAGCUGAUUAGAAUCAGUUGUCAGUCAGGGAAGAGUUGGUGCGUAUAGGGUCACUGAUUUAUUUGAAGCAUCAAAACAUCUUUAUCAUCACAACAAAUAUAUUGCUAUCAAAGCCAGUGCAUCUCUUUUAUUACCACCCUGCUGUCAACAUGAACUGUAAUAUGAUCACAGUGAUCAAAUUUCAUGCGGUCCCUUCUUCAGAGCAUGUUUUGUACGAGUGAAGGAUAUCUAAAUUUGGAAAUAUUAAUAAAGAUCAUGUAUUCUAACAAAUAUGCAUCUACACAUUCAGAAUUAAAACCUACUUUUUUAUAUCAACUAAAUGAAAAAAUAGAAGCCGUGAUGUCAGUGAUA